AUGGUCUUGCUCACCAUCACACCUGCCGCCAAAGCAGCCUUGUCGGACUAUUGUGAGCGGCAGAAGGAUGUUGACGAAGGCUACAGCGAUGAAGCAAAGGAACGACGCGAGAAGUUGUCUACAGCGAAAAUAGGCAGCCCUAUUGAGCAUCACGAGCUUGUAGAAGUGUCUAGGUUUCUUGUACAACACUCUCAAGGAGCCGCCGAGCUCACGCAGAAAUGGCGUCUUGAUGCGUUGUUAAAGGGUGCCAACAUAUACCAACCGCCACCUCCGCCCAAGCCAGAGCCCAGCGAUGAAUACAAACGAUUGAUGAAGCGCCUCCGAGAGGAAGAAGAACAGCGUCAAUAUGAGCGAAUGAUCAAUCCGCCUGCCAAACCUGAGACCUUCAGCCAGCGAUUUCCCAAUGCUUCCUCGUCUUUCGGACCGAUUGGAUCUCAAGUCGCAGAUGAAAUUGACGAGGUGACUUAUGCUGAUGUCAAUAGACAGAUGGUGUUGAUCAUCAAUGUGCUGGUCUCCAUCAUUUGCACCAGCGUGGCGGUAUGGAUGGCAGCACGUCGCUGGAGUGUACCACAGCGAAUGGCAUUGGCUUUCUUCAGCAGCACUCUAGUUGCUGUGGCGGAAGUCGUGAUCUACAUGGGCUACAUCCGACGUAUCAAGGAGGCAAAGACCAAGGAACGUAAGAAAGUCGAGAAGAAGGAGAUCCUCGAUACGUGGGUAAUCGAUGCCAAAUCAUCUUCGCAGCAGACCAGCAACAGCGAUUCUAUGCGCUUCAGAAAGGGCAAGCAUCGUUGA